AUGGACAUCGUCGAACUCCCCCGAGACCUUUUUCUCUUGGUGGUAGCGCAUCUAUCCGCGCGUACUCUCGUGCUCUGUCGACGCGUCUCCCAAAACUGGCAUGGCGCCUUUACGGACCCGGACCUGAACCUCCAGCUCCUGAAAUGGCGCUUCCCACGAUGUCGCGAGAUGCGGGUUGCGUACUUGGCCGGAGCACUCGGCAGGCCUGGACUUGCGGGGCCCGAGGAGGUGCAGGAUAUGGCACACGAGCAAGGUGGCCAGCCGCGCAAGGCUGAGACUGGGGGGCCCGGAACUGGCUUGGGGGCUUCUUGGUCUCCAGACUGGACGUCGACCUUCGCCAGCGUGGCCAGGAGGUACCACCACCUUCGGACAGCCACGCCGGGGACCAUCGAGGCGAUCAAGCUGGGUUCCACCGAGCAGGGCCCGUCCAGGAUGUUCUACCCGGUAGCAAUAUGGGACCGCUUUCUCCGUCUGGACGACAAGACCGCGCCCUUUCACUACCCAGACCCGGCCUGGUCAUACAGUCAGGAUGACGGGCUCUUGGUGUACCAUUCGACUGCGCAUGAGGAAACAGACGGUGCGGACCAGCAGGCAGCGCCCUGCCCCUGGCGCCUCCUCGACCUUGAGACAGGCCGGGAGGUUGUGGUUCCUUUCCCGCAGGGCGAUGACCGCAUCGUCCGACGUGUGCGACUUUCCAACAGUGUCCUGGUCCUGGAGUGGUGCGAGCGGGACGCGUACCACCAGCUCAACGACCGGGAGGAGUGUCACCGGCACUUUGUCACCGUCUUGGAUGUUUUACGGGAAAUGAAGGGCGGCGAGAGGUUACCAGAAGGCCACAGGACCGCGGUCGGCGAGAUGGCGUGGACGGUCAGGCACCGGUGCCAGUUCAAGACACACUUCUUAGGCUUCCCAUUGAACCGACACGACCGAUUUUUCUCGGCACAUACGGCCACGCACUAUGCGGUGUACGUAUGGCAGCCCAACCGCUCGCUCUACAACGAUGACCCGAUCGAGAGCGUCAUCGUCUGGGAUAUCUCGGCCCGGGGCCAGCCGCGGACGAUCCGGCGCAUCACAUGGGAUACCCUAGCCUUCUACGGUGUGCGACAAGGUUCAACGCCGACGCUGAGGUCGCUCGGGAUGGAUGAGACAAAUUUGUACUUCAUCGAGGAGGAGCACCGCUGGGCAGAGGGCGGCCACAGCAGCCUUGUCCCGCCGAGGGUGCACCUCGUUCGCAGCACGGGCAUCCCCGUCGUCGUGCCCGAGCCCGAGCCGAACGGCACCGGCUCUGCACACGCAGGGCACGACGAUGCUGCUGCCCGAGGCGACGGUGCUGAGAUUAUCAUCUACGGCCCGCGGUGGGUUGACCAGUGCGGAACCAACACAGACGUCAGCAUGCCGUUCUGCACGCGUAGAAACGACGCGCGGUUCGGCGGCAUGCUCCAAGACCAUCACCAGCAGCAGCACAGAGUGGUCUCCGGCGGCGGCGGAGACCGGGAUGGAGAGCGGCCCGCUGGCCCGGGCACGUGGGACGAGAACGGCACCAGUGGCGGCGGCAGCAGCAGCAGAAGAAAGGGCCUCGCAGGCGAGAUCGAGACGGGCAUCGCGGCGGGGACGACCCGGUGGCCCGGUUGGGCGCCCUGCUGGCGGCACGAGGACUUCCCCUACUUGAGCGUGGGCGAGGUCGUCGACUUCCGGGCCGGGGUGCGCAUCACGGCGCGGCACUGCUUCAUGCUCGAGACGCUGAGCGUGCACGUGCGGCCGUCCAUCAGCGUGGUUGAGCUCGGUGUCGGCGGGGAGGACGAGGUCGGGCAGGACGAGGGCGAGUCGAGCAGUGACGAGGGCGCGACCUCGCUCGUCGGCGCCGACGCCUCGGCGGUGGCCGGGAUGGACAGGCUGGAGAGGCAGUUGAGGGCUGGCAUGGCGAGGAGGAGGCUCCGGGAGCGCAAUGCCAGGAUUGGCGGUGGCCGACGGAAGGCCGCCGGUGAUACAAUGGACGGCGAGGGCGAGGGCGAGGGCGAGGGCGAGGGCGUGCAGGAUGAGGUGCAGUUCGCAGAUGACAUGUGGGAUAAGCUGCUUGGGAAGGGCUGCAUCAGCGGUGAUGAGAGGUGGCUGAUCGGCGAGGACGGCAAGGGGACGCUCUCUGUCGUCCGUUUCUAA